AUGAGCAUUGCAAAUAGUAGUUUUUCAGAUGUAAGCAGCAUCAUUGAUCAAAAGCUUCAGAUGACGCCUCGAGAUCAGAAAUUACUUGAAGAUAAUUUGAAUUCAGAUAUAGAAUCCGCUCAUUUACAGAUUACAGCUCUAGAAAACCGUAAAAUCGCAUUAGAGAAAGAAAAUAAUGAUCUUAAAUUUGAGAUUGCCGAAUGUGAAGUCGAAUUGGAUGCAUAUUCAGCAGAAUCUCCUUCAUUUAAUGAAAACGAUCCACAAGGUUUCGCUAGCCAAGAUUUUAUACCACAAGAUGUAUCAUUCUUCCAAGGAUAUUCCAAAUUGGAAUCAUAUUUAGCUCUAAAGGAAGCUGAACUCGAGGCAUCGAAUGUUCUUCGCGCGGAACUCAAAGAUAAGAAGGGAAAACUCCAUCAAAUUGAAAAGGAAUUAAAAGAAAAACUACAAAGAACGCUAGAAAUAUACGAUAAAGAAGUUACAAAAGAAAAAUCUUCAAAUGAUAUUUUAUUAGACUUAAAAUCCAAGAAAAUUUCAGCACAAAACGCAUUAAUACAGACAGCAGAAAAUUCUGAACUGGUAUUAAGCCAAGUAAAUGCAGAAACAAACGAUCAAGAAACGUUAAAACAAAAAACUGAAGAAUUAACAGCGGAAUUAAACAAACAACGUAAAGAAUACGAAGCUUAUCUUGCAAAAGAGAAGAAUCUCAUUACUGUUGUCAAUCAAAAACGACAAUUGGCGGAAUUAAAUAAACAAAAGUCCCAAAAUGAUAUUCAAAACAUUGCUUCGAUCAAAUCAUGGGAAGCAGAACGAAAGAGCUUAAUCAGCAACAUAAAAAUGCUCAAAAACCAAACGAAUCAAGAAAAAACUCACAUAAUCGGAAACCAGAAGAUCAUUUCCGACCUAGAGAACAGAUUUAUGAAGUUAUUCAACGACAAGGAUAGCAACUGCAUAAGAGCACGAGCGAUUGCAUUAGCAGAAUUACACGAAUUACAAGCUCCUCCAACUGUUGAGGAAAUUUCGGACGCAAACGCCGAAGAAAGUUACUACCAGGAACUUGUUCGUCGUAAGGAACUCCUUGAGAAGUCUUUGGGCACUUUGGAGAGCUUUUAUAAGAAUUCAACUUUGAUGCUGAACGAAGAAGAGAAGUCUUCGAAGGGAAGAGAUUAUUUGGACCUUCUUGAUUCAGAAUAUAAUGAACUUCAGGCUGAACUCAACAAAUUGUUUUAA